CUCUGUUCCCACUUCAAACUUCCGAGAAAACUACCUGGAAGGAGAUAUGUAGUUUUCGUGACUGCACAUAAAUCUCUCAGUUAUUAUCAGUUAUAUAUGUGGGCGCGCUAUGUAUAUAUCAUAUAAACAUCAGACCUUCCAAUAUAAGCAUGGAAAAUUGUAAAGACAUAAUCAUAUUGGCUGCCAUUAGUGAUGGUAAGAAGUCAUUAUAAUUGGUUGUUGUAACGAGCACUGUAGACAAUCAAAUCCCUAUAAGAAUCAAGGAUUUCUAGUAGAGACUAAGCUAGCUAGAAAUGGCUUUGUACUCCUCCAUCUCGCCCGGUGCAUUGGUUCUCAUGUUACUAAUAUUUCCUGCCUUCAUCAACAACUUAGCUGCCAAACAUGGUCAUACAACCACCAUCCACCACCACCACCAUCAACAACAGCAUCACCACAAUCGCCUCCCUGAGAAGGCCGUGUUGAACAACAGGCUUCAACGAGCUUAUAUCGCGUUCCAAGCAUGGAAGCGCGUGAUCUACUCCGAUCCAAAAAACUUCACUUCCAACUGGGAUGGUCCAAAUGUGUGCAACUACUCAGGAGUUUACUGUGCUCCAUAUCCUAACAACACGAAAAUUCAAGUUGUUGCCGGUAUUGACCUAAACCACUGGGACCUGGCCGGAUUCUUGCCUGAUGAAAUAGGCCUCUUAAGUGACCUUGCCUUGAUUCAUCUAAACAGUAAUCGCUUUUGUGGAAUCCUCCCACAGAGUUUAUCGAACUUAACUUCACUCUACGAGCUCGAUCUCAGUAACAACAGAUUUGUUGGCCCUUUUCCAUCUGUCGUGCUAUCGCUUCCUUCACUAAAGUACCUUGACCUACGCUACAAUGAGUUCGAAGGGAAAGUGCCCUCCGAACUCUUUAACAAAAACCUCGAUGCCAUAUUUGUCAAUAACAAUCACCUCACUUCCGUGCUCCCACCGAACUUCGGCACGGCUCCAGCAUCCGUUCUAGUAUUCGCCAACAACAAAUUUGGAGGAUGCCUCCCUCCGAGUAUAGCCAAUCUUGCGAAUACUUUAGAAGAAUUAUUACUAAUCAAUACUAGCAUAAAAGGUUGUUUACCACAAGAAGUUGGAUUUCUAUACAAAUUGAAAGUACUUGAUGUUAGCUAUAAUAAAAUUGUUGGUCCAAUCCCUUAUAGCAUUGCAGGUUUGGCUCAUUUGGAGGUCCUGAAUUUAGGCCACAAUAUGAUGACUGGAGUAGUGCCAGAUGGAGUUUGUUGUUUGCCUAAUUUGUCGAAUUUCACGUUUUCUUACAACUACUUCUGUGAAGAAGAAGGCAUUUGCAGAAAUCUAACUUCGAAAGGGAUUAUGUUUGAUGAUCGUCGGAACUGUUUGCCAGACAAGCCUCAGCAGAGGAGCAAGAAAGAAUGUGAUGCUGUAGACCAACAUCCAGUUGAUUGCAGCCAAAUCUGUAGUGAUUCUCUCCAUUAACUCUCAACAAUCUCAGCCAAAUAAUCCCAUAACUUUGGAAGAAGGGAUACCUCAUAAAGGGAGUCACAGUGACCAGAUCCAUCCCAGGUGUGUACAUACCGUCCCAUGUUGUACAUACACAAGUUGUAAUCAUUCCAGCUUGUAAGGAAACGACAAAAUAAUGAGUUGUAAUGUGAGUAACAUUCUAUAUAUUAUAGCAAUGUAAGUUUUAAUACGAGUCUUGUUACAUAAUUGGCAUCCAUUGCUACUUGUCUUUCUUGUACAUUAUUAAGGAUCUGAUAAAUUCUGCUGA